GAACCACCCCCUUUAAGCAGAUCGGAACUGACCAUUUUGUUUUCAAUGGUUAACGGCCUGAGUGAAUCAUCUUUAUGCAUCCACCAUCUUUGGUCGUUACCUUCACUAAGAAGUCAUCUGUUAAAAUGGCUAAACUAACGUCUUUAUUCGUCAUCUUAUUGUCUUUUUUUCGUAUUAGUGAAGCUGUUUUCGAAGAUCAAGUUGGAAAAUUUGAUUGGAGACAGCAGUAUGUGGGGAAGACCCUCUUUGCCCACUUUGAGGCGAAUACACAGUCGUCCAAAAAGCUGUUCGUCGCCACCGACAAGAAUAUCUUUGCCUCUUUCAACUCCAGGACUGGAGAUCUCCUUUGGAGACACGUGGACAAGACUGGACCAGAGGGAACCAUAGACAUACUUCUGCUGCAUGGACAAGAUGCUCUGAUGGUGGUUGGAGAUGGUCGUUUGCUCCGUUCCUGGGACACAAACAUUGGUGGGCUGAACUGGGAGGCCGUGCUGGAUACUGGCAGCUUCCAGGCUGCGUGUUUUGUGGCCAUACAGGACACCGUAAAGCUUGUGUCAGUGCUAAAGAAAGCAGCCAUCUCUCUCCACUACUUAUCCAAUGGACACCAGAAAUGGGUGGAGAACCUGCCUGACAGUGAUGCAGUCCAGUACCAGGCAGUGUACUCUGGGGGAGAAGAGGAGGUCUAUGUGUUGGGGGUGGUUCCUAACUCUCACCUCACUAUCAUAGCCUACAGCCUAGAGGACGGAGAGAUCAUCAAGCAGAGAUCAGUCGAAGCCUCAUGGCUCUCCAGUGUUGAGUCCAGCUGUGUGGUGAUUGGUCAGGGGGUGCUGAUGUGUGUGGAUCCCGCCACUCUCGCCCUCUACACCCUCCCGAUACAGGCUGAGGAGACUCCAGAGUUCAGCCAGAUCCUACUACAGUCUCUGGAUCUGGAGGUGUCCCCAGGCUUCCAGCCCGUCCUGGUGUCCAGCCAGCCCCACCCGGCCCGCUCCCCCCUCUCAGAGUUCUUUCUCCAGCUCGGACCAGACCACCACGUCCUGCUACAGCUCAAUGCUGAUGGAUACACCAUCGUCCCACUCAGAGACUUCCAGCCGGCGUUCUUAGUCUCAUUUGCCACCACGGGGAAGAAGACUGUUGCUGCUGUCAUGACUCCCAAAAACGAAACGGCUUGCGCCAUCAAUCUGUUCAGCGUUGACUCUGGUCGCCGGCUGCUGGAUACCACCGUCUUCUUUCCCCUGGAGCCUAACGAUGGGAAACCACACGCGCUGUACGUCCAUGCCUUCCUGAAGAAGGACGACUCUGUGGGCUACAGGGUCCUAGUGCAGACACAGGACCAUGCUCUCACCUUCAUACAGCAGCCAGGACGUGUGGUAUGGACCAGAGAGGAGGCCCUAGCUGAUGUUGUUACCAUGGAGAUGGUGGACCUGCCACUCACUGGGACCCAGGCGGAGCUGGAGGGGGAGUUUGGCAAGAAAGCUGCCAUUCAAGACGGGUUAUUCCCCAUGGUGCUGAAGCGUCUGUCAUCCCAGGUGACUCUGCUCCAGGCCUGGCUGGCCCACCUGUGGAAGUUGUUCUACGAAGCCCGUAAACCCCGCAGCCAGGUUAAGAAUGAGGUCACCAUAGAAACGUUGUCCAGGGAUGAGUUCAACCUGCAGAAGAUGAUGGUUAUGGUCACCGCCUCUGGGAAGCUCUUUGGCAUCGACAGCAAGUCAGGCAGCAUUCUGUGGAAGCACUACCUGGAGAAUGUCCAGCCCAACGCGGCCUUCAAACUGAUAGUUCAGAGGACGACCGCUCACUUCCCACAUCCCCCACAGUGCACUCUGCUCGUCAAGGAUAAGGACACUGGCCUGGCCACCCUACAUGUGUUCAACCCCAUAUUUGGCAGGAAGAGUCACAUCGCCCUGCCGGCCCUGCCCCGCCCCAUCCUCCAGUCACUCCUACUACCUGUUAUAGACCAGGACUACGCUAAGGUUCUGCUGCUGGUCGAUGACCAAUACAAGGUGACAGCCUUCCCCUCCACUAAGAACGUCCUGCAGCAGCUCCAGGAGAUGGCCUCCUCCAUCUUCUUCUACCUGAUCCGCUCAGAUCAGGGAAACCUGUCUGGAUUCAGACUGCGCAAGGAUCUGUCCACAGAGCGGAUCUGGGAGGUGGUCCUUCCUACAGAGGUUCAGAAGAUAGUAGCGGUCAAAGGGAAGAGACCCAACGAGCAUGUCCACUCUCAGGGCAGAGUGAUGGGAGACCGUAGUGUCCUCUACAAGUACCUGAACCCUAACCUGCUGGCAGUGGUGACAGAGAGUACAGACACACACCCUGAGCGGGCCUUCGUGGGCGUGUUCCUGGUCGACGGUGUGACUGGACGCAUCAUCCAUGAAGCCGUCCAGAGGAAGGCCAGGGGGCCCGUACACUUUGUCCACUCUGAGAACUGGGUUGUGUAUGAGUACUGGAACACCAAGUCCAGGCGUAAUGAGUUCAGUGUGCUGGAGCUGUUUGAAGGGACAGAGCUGUAUAACAGCACCGUGUUCAGUAGUCUGGACAGACCCCAUCUGCCCCAGGUCCUACAGCAGACCUACAUCUUCCCCUCUCCCAUCACCACUAUGGAGGCUACGCUCACUGAGAAGGGCAUCACCUCUAGACAUCUCCUGGUGGGGUUACCAUCAGGAGCCAUCUUGUCUCUCCCCAAGAUGUUUCUGGAUCCGCGGAGACCAGAGGUCGUCACUGAACACAGCCGUGAGGAGAACCUUAUACCCUACGCCCCAGAGAUGCCCAUCCGCACAGAGUGGUUCAUCAACUACAAUCAGACCGUAGCGAGAGUGAAAGGAAUCUACACUGCCCCCUCUGGCCUGGAGUCCACGUGUCUAGUGGUUGCGUACGGUCUUGACAUCUACCAAACCAGGGUGUACCCCUCCAAGCAGUUCGACGUGCUGAAAGAUGACUACGACUACGUCCUGAUCAGCAGUGUUCUGUUCGCGCUGUUCUUCGCCACCAUGAUUAGUAAACGUCUGGCACAGGUCAAACUGCUCAACCGGGCCUGGCGGUAGAAGAGUCAACUUCUCGCCUUUCGACUCUGACCUCUCCGUUGCUGCAUGGAUGACCCCGGGACAGUGGACGAGCUGAAGCCGUUUUGGUGGGGUGGGUCGUCGUCUUUCUUUUUCAAGGAAGUGAUUCAUUUCGGGUUGCCAGAUUUCUCUCAUUUUUUUUUUUUUGUUGGUUUAAUUUAUUUGGUAAGACUUUGCAUUGAGGUAGAAUUUAAGGGGAGUUACGUUGCCUUCAGAACGUAUUCUGGAUUUAUACCCUGGACUUAUUUCACAUUGUUUUACUGCAUAAAUUCAACAUGGAUUAGAUUAUUUUCUUUUUUUUUCUCACCCAGGUACACACAAUAUCCCAUAAUGAAAGUGAAAACAACAUGUUUUUAGAAAUAUUUGUACAUUUUAUUGAAAAUGAAAUGCAGAUCUAAUUUACGUAAGCAUUCACACCCCUGAGUCAAUAAUUUGUAGAAACACCAGUGGUGGAGAUUACAGCUUUGCGUCGUCUUGGGUAUGUCGGUAUCAAGCUCUGAGUCAUCUGGAAUUGAGGAUUUCUUCCCAUUAAUAAUAAUAAUAAUAAUAAUAAUAUAUGCCAUUUAGCAGACGCUUUUAUCCAAAGCGACUUACAGUUCAAGUUCUGUUAAGUUAGAUGGGGAGCAACGGUGAACAGCAAUCUUCAAGGUUUUCUCCAGACGAGCUGUGCCUGGUUUUCUCCAGACGAGCUGUGCCUGGUUUUCUCCAGACGAGCUGUGCCUGGUUUUCUCCAGACGUAACAGUUUGCAUUCAGGCCAAGGAGUUCGAUUUUCAUCUCAUCAGACCACAAUCUUUUUAGAUAUGCUCUUUCAAAUGUUUUUUUUUUGCCAGCUUCAGGCAUGCUGUCAUGUGUCUUUUCCUCAGGAGUGGCUUCCAUCUGGCCACUCUCCCAUAAAGCCCAGAUUAGUGAAGUGCGGUAGAGACUGUUUGUCCUUCUGGCAGGUUCUCCCAUCUCAGCCAAGGAACUCUGUAGUUCUGUCAGAGUGGUCAUUGGGCUCUCCCUGAACAAGGUCCUUCUUGCCCGGUUCAGUUUGGUCGGAUAGCCAUCUCUAGGCAGAGUCUGGGUAGGUUCUCCCAUCUCAGCCAAGGAACUCUGUAGUUCUGUCAGUGGUCAUUGGGCUCUCCCUGAACAAGGUCCUUCUUGCCCGGUUCAGUUUGGUCGGAUAGCCAUCUCUAGGCAGAGUCUGGGUAGGUUCUCCCAUCUCAGCCAAGGAACUCUGUAGUUCUGUCAGUGGUCAUUGGGCUCUCCCUGAACAAGGUCCUUCUUGCCCGGUUCAGUUUGGUCGGAUAGCCAUCUCUAGGCAGAGUCUGGGUAGGUUCUCCCAUCUCAGCCAAGGAACUCUGUAGUUCUGUCAGUGGUCAUUGGGCUCUCCCUGAACAAGGUCCUUCUUGCCCGGUUCAGUUUGGUCGGAUAGCCAUCUCUAGGCAGAGUCUGGGUAGGUUCUCCCAUCUCAGCCAAGGAACUCUGUAGUUCUGUCAGUGGUCAUUGGGCUCUCCCUGAACAAGGUCCUUCUUGCCCGGUUCAGUUUGGUCGGAUAGCCAUCUCUAGGCAGAGUCUGGGUAGGUUCUCCCAUCUCAGCCAAGGAACUCUGUAGUUCUGUCAGUGGUCAUUGGGCUCUCCCUGAACAAGGUCCUUCUUGCCCGGUUCAGUUUGGUCGGAUAGCCAUCUCUAGGCAGAGUCUGGGUAGGUUCUCCCAUCUCAGCCAAGGAACUCUGUAGUUCUGUGGUCAUUGGGCUCUCCCUGAACAAGGUCCUUCUUGCCCGGUUCAGUUUGGUCGGAUAGCCAUCUCUAGGCAGAGUCUGGGUAGGUUCUCUUUGAUGGAGACCUCCGUACACUUGGAAACUUUCAACACUCUAGAAAUCGUCGUGUAACCUUCCCCCGGAUAUGACUCGACCCGAUUCUUAUCUCGGUGAUCUACAGACAGUUCCUUGGGCUUCAUGGUAUAUUUUCUGUUUCUGCUGUCAACUGUGGGACCAUAUAUAGACAGGCGUGUUUCUUUGUAAAUCCUGUCAAAACAAUUGAGUUGGCCGCUCACUGGUGGACUCCAAUCGUGUCUCACGGAGGAUCAAAAUGAGAACCCCGAGCUCAAUUUGGAGUGUCAUAGCAAAAGGGGUGUGGCUACUUAUGUAAAUGUGAUACAUUUGCAUAAAAUUUCCGCAACAUGUUUUUACUGUUGUGUGUUUUCGGGCUGUAAAAACCACAAAUUGUAAGAAUAAGUCAAGUGGUAUGAAUACUUGCAGAACUGUAUGUCAUUGCUCUGAGCAAAUGAUAAACUGUCUAAACUCUUCAUAGCCUCUCUUUUUAAGGUAGCAAUGUAAAGUGCUUUUCAUGAUCUCACUUCAUGCAAUGAAAUGUUUUUUUUUUUUGUUUUUUGUUUUUAUCACAACGAAAGAGCAGUUAAAUGGUGCAUUUCAAAGCAGGCGUUGUUAUACUGAAAUAUUAUUCAGCUCUGAAAGAUGACUAAAACAUAUUUUUUUUAAAAUUUUAGGCCUAAUCUAAGAUUACUUAAAUGUGGUACAGAUUUCGAUAACUUUUUGUUUAUUUUGUAAAAAAAAAAAAAAUACUGUUUUUAUGUGUGCUAAAGGGGUAUGUUCACCAUGUUUGUGCCACAGAUGCUUGAAGACCAUCCCUAUGACAGAUAGUGAAUUGGGGUGGGGGGGGGUGUACUGAGGAGGUUUGCUUUUUGGGGUCGUCUGCCUCUGAGGUCUUUCUUUGAUGCACUGGAAGUUUUGUGAUUUUAUCUUUGAACUAAUAUCCCCCCCCCCAUGGCUUUUGUGUAAAUUAUAGUUUAAGAUAUUUAUGUAUAUUUGUCUUAAACAUGGAUUAGCAUGGUGCUCUAGAGUAUACAUUUUGGGGUGAAUGGGAAAACUCUGCUCAUGCAACACUUUCACAAACAUGCCGAUGCCCUCAAUAAAAUGAUGACUAAUUUAGCAUUUUGCAUUUUGUUUUGUACAAAGUAAGCUUACUACUGAUUUGUUUGGUUGUGCUAUAAAGAAAUAAUAGCAAUGAUUUUUCUUCUUACUGCAGUUUACAGUGAAAUAAACAGCUGUUUUAAACCAUAA